AUGGGAUACAAUCGAAGGGCUCAUAAAAUUCAAAACUUGAGAAGUAAGGGAAUAUCGAUGGCCUUUGUUGAACAGAGAGCGAACGGACGGCAAGUGACUUUGAUCUCAUGCUGGCCUUUACUUCGGCUACUAAUAAGGGGGUUGGGGUUUGACAAAAAAAGACUGGGGCUUCGUUUAGCCGCCUAUGUAGUAAGAAAAACUCUGAGUUUGACGUUGAAUAGCCAUAGUGAGUUCAUCACCAGUGGCAUAAGCAGAGGAGGCAUAUGGGGUGGGGAGAAAGGCAAUUUACCUCACUUCUUACAAUUCCAGUUAAACCCGCAACAAAGCCAGCGUUGCUUUCGUGGGAUCAACUGCUCGUUUUUGAUAUAG